AAUUCGCGCGAAACUCAAAGAUCACGUGAUCAUUUUUGACCUGAGACUGAGCUCAAUAUCAGGGGAGGUGUAAGGUCUUUCUCUUGUUUCUCUUCUUUGCAAUGAAGAUCGAGGUGAAGCAUCUUCGUUCUGGGAAGACACUCCAAGUCCUAAACGUUACUGCUAAGACUACCAUUGCCGGCGUAAAGGAGUUAUAUGCAAGGGAAUGCCCCAAGUAUUAUCCUGAUCGCCAGCAGUAUAAAAUUUCUCAGGAGAAAGGUGCGAAAGCUUUAAAAGAUGAAGAGACGAUAAGUUCUCUGAAACUAAAGGACGGAAGCAGUCUCUACUUUAAAGACUUAGGACCUCAAUUGGGCUGGAGUACUGUCUUCCUCUGUGAAUAUUCUGGCCCUCUGUUUGUCUACUUGUUAUUUUAUUUGCGUCCAUCGAUAAUUUACGGACCCGAAGCAAAUGAUAAACCAAUGGACAUCACUGCACAUGUUGCAGCUGGUUGUUGGACCUUUCAUUACGCCAAGAGAAUCGCUGAGACCCUUUUUGUUCAUCGCUUCUCUCACUCUACCAUGCCGAUAAGAAACCUCUUUAAGAACUGCGGUUAUUAUUGGAGCUUUGCUGCUUUUGUAUCUUAUUUUGUGAACCAUCCACUCUAUACACCACCUUAUUAUGGAAUGUCACAGAUAUUUGGAGGCCUUGUCCUUUUUGUGAUAUGUCAGAUUGGUAACUUUAGCUCUCAUUUCGCUUUGAGGAACUUAAGGCCGCCUGGCACCAAAGAGAGAAGGAUUCCUUAUCCGACUAGCGAUCCAUUCACUUUCCUGUUUAAUUUUGUAAGCUGUCCCAAUUAUACUUACGAGGGAGGAGCUUGGAUUGCUUUCACGUUCAUGACACAGUGUCUUCCAGCAUUUUUUUUCUUCCUGGCUGGUUUCUAUCAAAUGACUGUAUGGGCUAUGAACAAGCAUAGGGCAUACCGUAAAGAGUUUAAAGAUUAUCCUAGAAACAGGAAAUCUAUUGUCCCUUUUCUGUUCUGAAGAGAGAGUGGAGCACAUUAUUUGAGAGCUUUAUUAUUGUAAUAAGAAUUUUGUAUUAACUUGAGAAAAUAUUUUGUAUGAGUUCAGUUUAGUUAAAAUUUUAUAUUGGCUAAAAUAUUAAGCUUUGCCUAA